ACAACAAUAUUACAAGUAGACACACAUAACACAACAAUGUACCUAUUUAAUUCCAUUUUCAAUUUGUGUAUGUCUAUUUAAAUUACUACCGCGUGUGUGUGUUUUGUAAUACAUUUGUGUGUGCAGUGAAAUGGGUGCGUUGGAUUGUGUGAGUGUCAGGAUAAAGCCCACGGAUAGCACUGAAGUGUUUACCGUGACAAGAUCGGAACUAUCUUUACAUCCACCGAGGAGAGAUACAGAAUCACAAAAAUUGACACAGAAAAAUUGUGGCAGACCGCACUGGCUAUGGUGGACUUUCGGUGUUGACGUGCCUUUAUUUUUACUGGUUGCAGUCCUAGUCGGCUUAUUCGAACUCGGUGUGAUACCGCAACACAAGAGCGGGUUCUUCUGCAAUGAUCCAGCGCUAUCUUUUCCAUUCCAAGGCGAUACAGUUUCUAUGCAAAUUCUCAUGUGUUCUGUUAUUCUUUUGCCGUUUGUACUUAUUUUUAUAACAGAAUUCAUAUUUGUCGACUCAACGUUUUCAACGCGUAUGAAAUUCGACUACGUUUCGACGGAAUCGCUCAAACUAUAUAGAAAUUACUUUUUUGGCUUGAAUUUUAACCUCAUCAUCAUUGAAGUCAUGAAAGGUAUCACUGGAAACCCUCGACCUACCUUCUUUGAUAUCUGCGAACCAGACACAGCCAAGACUUGUAAUGGGUCAGAAUACGUCAGCACAUUUGAAUGUACUUCGACGAGAUUCUCAAAGUGGUAUCAGAGCGACUCCUACCACAGCUUCCCUUCCGGACAUACUUCAUUAUCCUUGUAUUGUGGAUUCUUCAUGGCGUGGUACCUUCAACGUCGCGCGUUUAGCUGGCGGAACAGCACAGUACUGCUGGUGCCUCUGCUCCAACUGCUGUGCAUCACCUACGUGGCGAUCUGUUCCCUCACUCGGAUCACCGACCACCGACACCACUGGUGGGACGUCCUCACCGGAGCCGUGGUCGGGAUUGUCACUUUUGUGUUUGUGGUAUCAACAUUGUGCGAUAAUUUCAAAAGGAAAGCAACUUACUCGCAAAACGCAAGCAAUAGUAUGACAGAUAGUCAACAAACUGUACGAACAUUAGUGUUUGAUGGACCACAGACAACACCGGUGCCGUGAACAAUAUAAAACAUAGAAAAAGUUGGACUUGAAACUCUGUGGAGAUUUUAUAUUCGACGAUAAUACUAAAGUUUUAUUUUUAUUUUAAUUGAUUGAAUUUGUUACUAGAUACGCUUAUAAAAAGUACUUUUUCUUACUAAAAAUUGUUACCAUUUAAUAAAAAUAGAAUAUACUUAGUA